AUGAAAAGAGAUGAUUAAGUGUAUAUGUCCUCCAUACAACUUUGGAAUGGAAUCGAUACUCCUAUUCAUUAGAGUACUAAUCUUUUUAGCUAAAAAUUUAAGGAGAGUUAAGAAUUUAAUUGCAAUAGUCUCCAGGCCAUGUGUCAUCACCAUCCUCAAAAAAAAGCUAAAUACCUAUUGUUGAACGAUUAAAGACCAAAUGAAAAGCUAUGCACUAAAUGCGCUGUUCUAUUAGCUCAAUAAGGGAAUAAAAUUGAAAAUAUAGAAGAAGACAAUAUCAAGAAAAAACAAACUGAUUCAUUCAUCGAGCAAUUAUUAUAAACAAAAAGUGAAAUAGACAAUGUUCAUUCCAAUUUAUUAUCAACUGAAGCCAAUCUUAAAAAGUUUUAUAAUGACCAAUAUACUCAAGUUGUUAAGACUUUUGGAGGUAUCGAGAAAUAAUUAUAAAUGUGCAAAUCUAAAUUACUCUGUUCCUUAUCAUAAUCACUUUGGUCUGGAGUGCAGAUUACCAAUUAGUUAAAAGUAUAAUCUAAAUAAAUUGAACAUUAAUUGGCAACCUACAUCACAGACAUCAAAAAUCAUUAUGAUAAAAUCGUCUAAAUGGGUACUCUACCAUUUAAUCAAAUUAUGGGUGGGUAUAGUAGUAAACUAUUCAAAUUAUAACAAUAUCUUAAAGAUAUCCAGGAGAAUAAAGUUGCCUAUCUCCAUUAUGAAGGGAAAGUAAGUACUUUGGAUACAUUUUUAAAAGAACUUAGCAAAUUGACUGAAAAGGAUUAUCAAAAUAAGAAAAGAAAUCAUGAAAGCACGAGAUCAAGUUCUGAAUAGAAAACUUCUAAAAGUGCUGAGAAGGAAAAGAGGAAUCAGAGCCAACCUAACAGUAAGGAUUUAAAAAGUUUUGAGAAUUCAGAAAAAAAAACUACCCAAACUUUUAAAAUUACUGAAGAAUCAAUUGAAGAAUGGAUGGAAAAUUCUAACUCUAAGCAAUAACGCACAGAACCAGCUGAAUAAUUAUAAAGUCCAAAUGUUUUAACCUCUAAAUUUAAUAGAAAACAACUUCCUCCAAGUAGAGCUUCUAUGAAAUAAGAAACUAAUUAAGCCAUACUAGAUAAACUAAUUUCAGAAUUUUCUUAAAUCAAGUAAGAAAGAGCAAUGAAAAAGUAAUCUAAGACUCCUGAAUUAAGUAAAUCAGUUAAGGAAGCCUUUCCUAACAAAUUAUCACCCAAAUUUCUUUACAAAAAUUAUUAUAAAUGAUUUGAUUCACUGAUUCACAACUUUGUAUUAUUUAAAUUUGAUAAUGAAUUUUAGGUU